UACACGGCCUCAUAACAUCUCUCUCCAAUCUCUCUCUCUCUCUCUCUCUCUCUGUAAAUUCGAUACAAUUUUCGUAUCUCUUUCACGCACUCUCCGGUUAAUUUUCCGGCCACCUCUUUCCUCCAGAGCAAUUCUAAUCUCUCCGAGCUUCAGGUCCCGAUCGAGUCUCUCAAUAGCUUGGUUAUCGAAGGUUUUGCAAGGCGCCAAUGGCUGGAGGCCGUAGACGAGGAGCGAAAGGUGCGAAAACGAAGAGUGAAUUGAACUUAGGCGAUCUCGUUCUCGCUAAAGUCAAAGGUCAUCCUGCUUGGCCUGCUAAGAUUGGCAGACCUGAAGACUGGGAUAAAACUCCUGAUCCUAAGAAAUGUUUCGUACACUUCUUCGGAACAGAUGAAAUAGCAUUUGUUGCUCCUGCUGAUAUUCAGGAAUUUACCAGUGAGACAAAGAAUAAAUUGGCAGCUCGAUGCAAAGGUAAAACUGUUAAAUACUUUGUUACUGCUGUGAGGGAAAUAUGUGCAGCAUUUGAGGAGUUGCAGGAUAAAAGUUCAAGCGGCAGAGGAGCUGACACUGAUGUAGAUGAGCUGCAUAGAGACAGGGUGCAGAAAGUCACAGAGGAUCACAAUUGUGAAUUGGAUCAAUGUUCACACAGACAUGGUGAGAUGGAUUACCAAGACAUAAAAUCUGAUAUCUCGAAAAAGAACAAAAUUUUCAAAGAGGAAGCUAAUUAUACGAAUAAAGAUAAAUUACCAGUAUCUAGUCCAGGCAAUUUAAUUGGUCCAAAGAAAGAACCCAUGUCUAAUGAUAGUAGCAAGGAGGACACUGUAGUUCCGUCAAAGCCCUCUAAGAUGAUGACUGGUACUGAAGGCGGUAGUAAGGAUAACAGUUAUUCGGAGGCAAAAGGGCACUCUUCGGGUGGAGGUGUACGGGACGGUUCUUCACCUCCGCCUUCAUCAGUUCAUCCCAAGUACCUUGACAGUGGGCUUAAAGAAUCUAUAAAUGGACACAAGUCAAAGAAGAUAAUCUCUGGGUCAAGGAGACUGCUACAAGAUGAUGCUCAAGUGCAAAAAGUUAAUAGUUCUGGUGCUGUCAGAUCAUCUUUACCUAUUGUUUCUGGUGGUAAUGUUGAUAUCAACAUAUCUGGUGAAGGUGUACAAAAUAGAUCAGGUUCAAUUGGUGGCAUAAGUCAUUCAUCUCCAAAUAAGUCAAGAUCUAAUAUGGAUGCUCCUAAGGAUCAGAAUAAAAAACAAUCAUUGAAAGAUAAAGUGCAUCUUAAAAGGGCUGAAGAUUUGCCAGACAGCAAGGGCACAUUUAGAAAGCUUGAAACUGGUGACCUUACUGGGGAAACAAAGUCCCAUCUUGGUCAUGGAAAGCAUAAAUUGGCAACUGAUGAGGUUUCACAUCAUGCUAAAAGUUUCAAAUCUGCAGAUAUUGAUAUGACUAAAGGGUCUGUUCAGAAAACCAGGAAAAGUGGCCAUCUUGAAAAUAAAGCAGGUAGUGCAGAGUUUAAGAGGUCUGUGUUGCAAGGCAAUGCUGAAGACUGCUUAGUGCCCCGGGAUGAGGACGUUUUGCCGCCUGCCAAGCGGCUUCGUCAGGCACCUGAAAUUGUUGUUAGCUCUUCCACAAGGAUGUUUGAUAACAAAUUGGGAAAAGCUUCUGUUCAUAGAAAUGACCCUUUGUCUUCUGAUAAAGCCAAAUCACCUGUUGGUCAAUAUCCCAAAAAGCGGAGAGCUGUUCGCCUAUAUGACGAUGAUGAUGAUAAGCCAAAGACUCCAGUUCAUGGUGGAUCUAUCUUUAAGGGUGAUGCACCUUCAUGUAUCUUGGGUCCUGUAAAAAAUGGUUCUGCUCAUAGUGGAAAGGCAUCAGAUACUCUUGAUGAUGGUGGCUCAUCGAAGGUGUCUUUGCCAACUGUCAAACGACUAAAUGAGUCGUUGCCUUCAAUUUCAUAUAAACAUUCAGAGGUAGGAAAGCGGAGACAAUCAUCAAACUCACAUAUUUUCACCAGUCCUGUGAAAUCAGAAUUUGCUAAGAGAUCUUCUGAGGAGGUUAGACCAGUUAGAGUUUCUCCAGUAUGUUCUCCCUUGCCGGCUUCUACUGUGAGACCUGUCUUAGAAUCUCCAAAACCCAAUAUACCCUUAGUCAAGGUAUCUGAUAAUACUGUUCAUCAGAAUUCUCAAGCUGGGUUGGACAAGAACAUGGCUGUUGUCCCUGAUAGCUUGGAUCGUACUAUAAAUCAAGGAAUACUUGACAGAAAUAAAUCCAUUCCUUCUGUAGACAGAAAAAAAGAUGCUUCAAAAUUAAGCUCAAGAGCAAGCGACUCUGUUUUAUUAACGGAGAAAACCCUGGAUGUUCUUUUCUCCGAUGGUGACAGGGUGGAGAAAGACAAAGAAGCUAGCCGAGAAGAUAAAACUUUUUUACCCUCAGAUUUGAAGAGUGAGGACUCUGCUUUGUCUAUGAAGCAUCUUAUUGCAGUUGCUCAGGCGAAAAGAAAAGAAGCUCAUUCUCAAAGCUUUUCUCAUGGCGAUUCUUUUCUGGAUGUAUCUGGAGGGAGUCCCAGCUUUAUGUUUGCUGUUCCACCUGUUCAACCAAGCUCCAGUAUUCAAGCUGAUAUGCAAGGAUCUUAUAGUUAUUCAUCAUCAACUUCUCCAGCUUCUCACAUUCGUAAGCCGUCCUUAGAUAAUAAUCAUGACAUUGAGAACUUUGACGAUCGAAGAAUUGGUUCUGGACACCGAGCUGUGGGGGAUCCUCUUAGUGGUAGUACUGAGGCCGCUGUUGCUCGUGAUGCAUUUGAAGGAAUGAUCGAGACAUUGUCACGAACUAAAGAAAGUAUUGGACGUGCAACUCGCCUCGCAAUUGAUUGUGCCAAGCAUGGUAUUGCCAAUGAGGUUGUGGAACUUCUAAUUCACAAGUUGGAAACCGAGUCUAGUUUGCAUCGCAAAAUUGACCUAUUUUUUCUAGUGGAUUCCAUUACUCAAUGCUCGCAUAGUCAGAAAGGCAUUGCUGGAGCUUCAUAUAUUCCUAUAGUUCAAGCUUCGUUACCUCGCCUCUUAGGAGCUGCUGCUCCUCCUGGAACUGGUGCGCGUGAGAACCGACGACAGUGUCUGAAGGUUUUGCGAUUGUGGUUUGAGAGGAAGAUCUUACCGGAAUCUAUUCUUCGAAGAUUUAUGGAUGACAUUGGAGCUUCAAAUAAUGAUGAUAUAUCUGCUGGAUCUUUCUUAAGGCGUCCAUCUCGAGCUGAGCGGGCAGUAGAUGAUCCUAUUAGAGAGAUGGAAGGCAUGCUUGUUGAUGAAUAUGGAAGCAAUGCGACUUUUCAGUUGCCGGGUUUUGUGACUUCUCAUGUUUUCGACGAAGAAGAAGAAGAGGAGGAAGAACUUCAAAUUACUCAAAAUUCAUGUAAAGAACGUGCUGAUAGAUCACCACCGGAGCGUAAUACUCCAGUAGAAGAGGCUGAAAAGUUCUCAAUCACCCCUAGUGACAGGCGCCACUGUGUCUUAGAGGAUGUGGAUGGUGAGCUUGAAAUGGAGGAUGUCUCAGUCCAUCAGAAGGAUGAAAAGGUUUUAACCGAGGAUGCUCCUUUAGAAACUGUUCCUAAAGAGCAAGGUUUAAACAGAACUUUUGAUGCUGGAUUGAGCAGUUCUGAACAAUUCCCUUUUCCUAUGGGUUCUCCACCAUCACCUCCUGGUUCUCCUCCUCCAACUCCCCCUUUGCCUGAUUCACCAAUACCAGUAUCACUACCUCCUCCACCUCCAUCAUCUCCAUCACCACCUCCUCCACCUCCACCUCCACUUCCUCCACAGGUACAAUCACAUCCAACACCCCCUGCAGGCAUGCUCCCAUCUGUGAUUCCUCAUCCAUCUGUACUGCCCCCACUUCCUGUGUUGCCUCAACAUUUGCAUUCAAUUCAGUCAUCAGCACCAUCCUCUUCGUCAAAUUUGGCAUAUCAACGUCAGGAUGCUCAGCUUCCCCAGUUGGCUGGAAACAAUCCUCAUGCAGCUCAUUUAGAUGUCAAUAGCAGGAAUGAAAUGUAUCCUCAGCCACAUCCAUACACAAAUCCUCAAGCUCCUCAACCCAGUCAACAAUUUCAAACUGUGCCUUUGUCACAAAGAUCUUUCCAUCCUGCUCCACCUCCACAAGUCCCUUCAAGUCAUUUUUCAUAUUCAAAUCCAAUAGUUCAGCAACGUCCUCAGCAUCCAUACCCUCAACCAUACAAAUUACCAUCACAUCCUGAUGCACCAAGACAAUAUCAUACUGAUGACAAAUGGAGGAUGCAAGCAAAUGAGUUUAGCACUAAUAAUCAGCAUGGUCCAUGGAUGAAUGGAGUGAGAAGUUCAUUGUUACCAGUCCCCUCGUAUGGUCAUGAAGGUUAUUUUCGGCCACCUAUGGACAGGCUGCCGCCUCCAAUUCCUACAAGUUUCCAACAAUCUGCUGUUAAUGCAAUUCCAGCUGGACCCCCAAUUGCAGGCCAUGUUGGUCCCCAGAUGAUGCCUCCUAGACCAGACUUGAGUUCUCUUGGACCCUGGAAGCCAACUUAAACCAACUUUGAGCUUUGGCGAUCUCUUUUAAUAAUUUUCAGUACUUCUAAGGAUUGGGGCUCAAGAAGUCAGCUGAUUUGUAGUCAUUCAAUGAUAUAUCUAGCAACAACAGAAUGGAGAUGUUACAAAUUUUCAAGGACCCUUGCAGCACUGUAUAUUUUGAUUUUCCCCUGCACAUGAUUUCAAAGAGGUUACUUUAAAGUGUAAGCCCAUGUUUUUUUAGAUACAUCUAAUACUAGAAGUUGUGUAAUUAUAUCGAUAGUAGUUCAUUAACAUGCAUUUUACCCCUUGAAUCUUCUCAUUGAACGUAACUUUAUAAGAACCAAAGAUUAACGUUUGUCA